CUCCCAUUCUUCUCUUUUCAAUUUAUUUCAUUUUAGGAUCCCACCAACGUGGACAAAUUUAACGUGUCCAGCUUUUUUCACGUGAAGAACAAUUUGAAAGUCACUGACCCGGAUGACGAAAAAGCCAGGUCCGACCCCUCCUAUUACCUGAAAAAUGCCAACAUCGAGACCAGAGAGACGCUGUUGGAGUUGUACAAAGAAUUCAAAGGGGACGACAUUCUGGCGGCUACCAUGAAGGAGCCAGAGAAGAAGAAAACGGACAGGCUGAAUGCGGCUCACUAUUCCACUGGGAGAGUCAGCGCUUCGUUCACAUCCACUGCCAUGGCACCUGAGACGACCCACGAAGCAGCUGCCAUUGAUGAUGACGUGGUUCGGUACCGGUAUGUCAAGAAGAAGGGUUACGUCCGGUUGCACACCAACCAAGGGGACCUCAACCUGGAGCUUCACUGUGACAUGACUCCUAAAACCUGCGAAAACUUCAUUAAACUCUGCAAGAAGAAAUACUACGACGGGACCAUAUUUCACCGAUCGAUUCGCAAUUUUGUGAUUCAAGGUGGAGACCCAACCGGGACGGGGACAGGAGGAGAAUCGUACUGGGGAAAGCCGUUCAAAGACGAACUGAGGCCCAAUUUGUCCCACACGGGGCGAGGUGUCCUCAGCAUGGCCAACACAGGGCCCAACACCAACAAGUCUCAGUUCUUCAUUACUUUCCGCUCCUGCGCGUACCUGGAUAAGAAGCACACCAUCUUUGGAAGAGUGGUAGGCGGCUUUGAGACCCUCACUGCGAUGGAGAACAUAGAGAGCGAUCCCAAAACGGACCGUCCCCAGGAGGAAAUAAAAAUCGAGUCCACAACAGUUUUUGUUGAUCCAUACGAAGAGGCCGAUGCCCAGGUGGCCCAAGAAAGAGAGAAGGCCCAGCAGGAAGAGGAGGCAACGAAGAGAGAAAGCAAAGAAGUCCCAAAGAAGGAACCUGCCGCACCCAAAACUUACCGCACAGGAGUUGGGAAAUACAUAAAUAUAGCCGCAGCGAAGCGCGCAGCGGAAGAGGGACCGUCCACCAGCGGCCUGGCCAAGAAGGAGAAGAAAACGGGAGGCUUCGGAGACUUCAGCUCGUGGUAGCCCACAGGGGAGGACCAACUCCAAACCUUCCAGCUUGGAAUGGAGAAGAGCCAGGUCUGUGCCCUCUGCCGCCGUCCAAAAAAAUAGGAGACUCUUGGCUGUAAUCUUUCCCCUUAAUAUUGUUUCCCUGGCAGCCUUUUGUGGGCUUGGGAAGAGCUUUGGGGAAAGUUAAGGCUUUUCGCGGGGUGCCUGUAAGUCAGUGACAAGCCAGAAAGAUUCCUGCAGAUUUCUUUCGGUGAGGCGUGUUCCAAGUAGAAGAAAGGAGAGAGAUCUUCCAUUUCACAGCUGAGCGAUUGAAUUUGGGAGAAGACACUUUGGGUGGGGGAAGCGACAGUCCCUCCCAGGCGCUUCCCAUUUUGAAGAGCUGCCCAGAUGCUCUUGAACAACAAACUUUUAUCUCUGCAGCCUGUUGAUUUCCCACCUAGACAUUUCAAGCCAACAUCCUUGUUUACAGGUGGUGAUGGAUACAGAUCCUCAACCGAUGCUCAGUGAGAAUUCUGCUUCAAAAUACACCCACCCCACACAUAUCCACCUAAUGCCACAGCUCUGCUCCAGUUUCUCUUAGCUACUGAAGAGCUGUUGGCCCAUCUUCCCUCUGAUGUGUAGCCUAAAAUAUCUGAGGAGGCCUCUAGGAAAACUCCCGGUGGAGUUAUUGUUAUUGGCCUAACCCAGCUAGCCACUUGAUCUUACCUACCUCUUUGGGGAAUUUCAACUCCCUUCGUUUGGAAGACAGAAGGAUUUCUGGACCCCAGAAGCAAACUGAUCCAAAACCAAAGGGCGUAAAGUGAUCGAUUACUUGCUAAUAGUGAUAAAAGUUGAGCAGACAGAACAGUAACUGGGAAGCGUUUGUGUGAAGAAAGGCAAAAUAGCAACAAGGAAGGGUUGGAGGAUCUUUGGAGUGGUGUGGUUACCAAGAGGUUGAGCUCUCGCUAUCAGGAGGUUGUGAGUUCAAUCUUAGGUAGAGCAGAUAUUUCUCUCUCCAGGCACACUGAGACUAUAUCUGCUGAACAAAAAACUCUGCACUGGUGACAGGAAAGGCAUCGGGCCAGUAAACCGCUCUGCUAGCUCCAUUCAGUUACCCAAGCUCCACUCCGCAAGGGAUUAUGGGAUUGUUAGAAGAGGAUGAUGAAGGGUUGAAGGAUCUUUCCCAAAGAUACAAAGGUGCUGCAUUUUAGCCCCUUUUCUUCAUCACUGCCCUUUGAUGGCAAUGCUUAGUUCCCCAUCUCCACCCAAAUGGAGUUAACUGUUGGGGACAUGUGCUUUUAGUUUCAGAAGUCCAUUCCUGAAAUUAUCAGCACCGGCCAUCCAGCUUGAGCCUUCUGGGAAACCUACACAUCUAGAGAGGUCAGUAAAAUCUCUCAAGAGUUGUCGUUCAAAUGUCAGAAAACACUGAGUUUGGGUCAAACUUCUGAUGCCUCUCACAUCCGUUUCUAACAGUAGCUUCCAAGCUAAAAAACACACACAGGGAGGUUGGGUUUUUUUAAAAAAAAAAAAAAUCCUUAAUCGCCCACCACUUUUUCCUUCGGGGAUGAUCUCAUUGACAAAUGUUCUGCAGCAGGAGGAAGAUGACAAUUAACUCCAUUCAUGCUAAAAAUGAGAAUUGCCACUUGUCCUACCGAGCUAAAAUAGGGAGAGUUAGCUUUGGGUGCAAUCAAUCUGCUUGAGUCUUGUGCUACCUGGAUAGAAUAUUCUAGCCGUGUAGUCCGAUCGGUCACUGGUUUUCUUUGUUAAAAUUAUUAUUAUUAUUAAUUUUGGGGGGACUGUUCAGGGAUUUGCGGAGGAAACAGUGCGUAUAUACUCCGUGCAAAUUGUGGUCUUUUGAAAAAUUAACCUGUUGCAAUGUACUUUUGUACAAGUUUCCUGGGUCACAAAAUUUGUAAGCGGGAUGGAUUCCGUGAAAUAUUUUUCAUUAAAGUUUUACAUUU